AUAACUAUGCAAAAUAAAGUUUGCUUUUAGGUAAACUAGCUGAGAAGUUGUUAGACUUGAUAGACUUGUUUCCAUAUUGGAUAUUUUUGUGCUUGUGGAAUAGGAUAGCAUUGGAUGCUAUAACUAACAAAUGAUCUAAAUGUUACAAUCUGGGCUGCAGAUUUACGGCUCUUUUGCGCGGAAGUCAUUUCACAUCUCAGACCUGUUGCUUUCACUUCCACUCACUUCAUCUGUAGACGCAUCUCUCAGCGCAGUAGCGCUCGUUUGCUGUUGACAAGACCUCAUCAAUUCAGGGAUUUACAAAGAAAUGCAAGAUGAAAGGAAACUUACUUGGAAUGUUUUUACUUUUUAAAUAUUGUAUUUGCGACAAUGCGCACAGCUUUGAUGGAGACAUACAAAACUUUGUAGUUGGUAAUAACUCGUUGUUUGUUCUUACUAACAAUCGUCUGCAUCAGAUGAGACACGACCUGACUAUGGAAACAUUUAAGGAUUACAACGGCACACAUGCAAACCCAGUUACACUUCUGGUGCCAUUUGAGACGAACGGCACCCUGAUCAUGUGUGGACCAUCUAACGGUGGAUACUGUGAGAUUCUUGAUCUGAAUGAUAUCACAAACAGUAUUUACUGGGAAUCCAGGCCGUCUCUGUUGGAGCAAAAUGAGAAAUCCGUGGCAUUCAUAGUUGACACCAGUAAAAAUGAUGCUUAUAUUUUGGUUGGAAUGAAGGAAGAUUCAGGAAAACCCCCGUUUUGUAUUGUCACCUUGUGGAACACUUUACAUUCACAACCAGGAUCAAUUUUCGCAAAAACAGGUGCGAUAUCAAGCCCCUGCAUUCAGACCAAUAGAGAAGUGGAGUUUAUAGACGGAUUUCAGAUAACUUCGCCCAGACUCCCGUACCUGUUUCUAAACGCGAAGACUGAGACCGGGUGGCAAGCGAUCGUCCUCACCCUGAAUAACGCCAAAGCACAAAAACAAGACAUUCUCAAGGGCUUUAAAGGUAGCAGGUUAGAAUGCUGUAAGGAUGCAGCUCGUCCUUUUCUCGUCGCAUCUGCUCUUAUCCCCUCAGAUAAGGCUGUAUUAUGGACAGGUAUAUUCAGUGCGCAAAACAAGAGCGAUCCAGAGAACACCGCACUGGCUGUUUACGACAUCAGUAAUGUUGAUGGCAAAGUUAAAGGAAUCUGCUCCAACAGUGAAAAUCCACAAUGUUUGCAGAAGCCACAGAGUGAUAAACGAAUUCAACCAUUGGCAGUAGUUUUCAAGUACAAGUCAAUGAGUUCAGUAACAGCAGUCAGGGAUGGAUCCUGGAUUGUCCUGUUCAUAGGAACCGAGGAUGGACAAGUAAUAAAGCUUGUGUUCGAUGAGAGAUUCAGUCCAGCCUGUCCAAUAGUGCUGUACAGAUCUGAUGUUGAUCAAGAAGUGUUUCCCAAAAUGCAUUUAGAUCCAGUAGAUACCAAAUAUAUCUACAUAGCACUGAAAAAUCAGAUUAGAAGGGUGCCUGUGGCCCAGUGUGAUAAAUACAGCUCUCUGGGAGAUUGCAGAGCUUCUCUUGAUCCUUUCUGUGGCUGGUGCACAAAUGUGCAAAGAUGUUCUUCCAAGAAUGAAUGCUUAAACUCUUCAUGGGUGUCCUUCCAGAAAGACUCUAUUCAGAAAAGGCUGCUUUCUUUUCAGGUGGCAAAGACAUCACCUGGAAAGAUUACUCUACAUCUGGCCUUGAGUCUGGAGAGCACACAAACUCCUUCCUUCACGUGUGCUUUCACCGCAGGGGGUGUGGAUCUGUGUGACACACCUCAUCCUGCUGCAGUAUUUCCAAACUGCUCCUGUAGCAUUACAGACCAUCGCCUGUCUACUGGAGGUUUGGAGGUCUUAGCUACGGUUACUAUAGAAGAUCAUAAGAUCGAAGACACCCUGAUGCUGAAAAAUUGCUCCAGUAUCACAGAUAAUUCACCAAAUGCUUCUUAUACACAGUGUGUGCAGUGCAUCACAGUUGGAUGUCAUUGGUCAUCUUCUGAAAAGCGUUGUGGUUGGUUACAUGGACCUGUGGCACAGGAUGUAUGUAAAGAUGAGUACAAAGAGCCAAAGAUUACCUCUAUAGAGCCCAAUACAGUUUCUUUCCAUGGCAGAAACAAUGUUUUACUAAAUGGAAGUAACUUGGAGUCUGUCACCAAAAUCCGGAUCUAUCAAGGGGAUCUGGGCUGCACUUCUAAACAGUCUCCAGUGUUUGAUCGGUCCAGUGAUAGUCUGAGGUUUCACAUUCCUCCAAGUGGAAUUAAGGGAAUAGUGAAAGUGUGUGCUGUUACUGGGGAUGGCCGUUGUCAUGGUAACAGCAUCAUCACUUAUAGUUCCCAGCCCAGCUGCACAGGAAUACAACCCAAAGGGACAUGGAAAAGUGGUGGAAGGAAUAUUCAUGUGGAGGGGACCAAUAUGGAAUUUGUGGAAUCAACCAGUCUCAAAUCCUCCAAUAAAGAGCUCAUAAAACAAUACAACACAAGUUCAGAGGGAAUAUGGUUAUACACCCACCCUUACGAUGGCAGUGGUCCAAAAAAUGUAUCGUUGAAAGUCGGGAACUCCACUUUAUUCUGUGCAUAUUUGAUGUACCACCCUGAUCCAGUGUAUACUAAAAUCACAUCCUCGCAGCUCUCUGGCAAACUACAGGUGACCAUUGAGAUGAAUGCAGAAAACUUGAAUCUGAGUCGAAAUGAGGUACAAGUGUUUGGUCUAAAAGACAAAAAGAGCUACGAGUGUUUUUUGCAGAAUUUGGAAUCCAGCAACAUUAAGUGUGAUAUUAAUGAAAAACUCAUAACUCUGGACUCCGUCACGAUAAAAGUUGGAAAUUUUGAGAAAACCCUUGAGAUUUCUCCAAAUAAUUCAAAUUUACUAUUCUUAUACAUCCUUGCCGCGUUGAUUCUACUGAUUAUUUUGGGCUCUGUUGUUGGAGUUGUUUUUCACCGUAGGAGCCAGAAACAAAUGAAUGAGAGAAUGAACAACGAAUUGGAAAAACUGGAGAUGGGCAUUAGAAGAGAUAUAAGACAAGGCUUUGUUGAUUUGCAAACAGAAAAAUCUGAAUUGAUCGAAAAUGUUGGAGCGAUACCUUUCUUGGAUUACAAACACUUUGCUUCAAGAAUCUUUUUUCCUGAGGGUGGCCUAAAAGACAUGAUCAAAGAUAUUGGGCAGGACUCCGAGCUGACCAUGAUGGAUGAGAAAUGUCAGGCUUUUGCUACGCUGAUCAGAAAUAAACAGUUUCUCACUUGUUUCGUGCACGCGUUAGAGGAAAAUAAAGACUUUAGCAUUAAAGACAAAUGUUCAGUGGCAUCUCUGUUGACUCUGGCUCUUCAUGGGGAUCUCAUGUAUCUCACAGAGAUAAUGGAGGACCUUCUGCAGAGUCUCAUGGACCAGUCCAGCAACACCAAUCCCAAACUUAUGCUGCGCCGCACUGAGUCCAUCGUGGAGAAGCUCCUCACCAACUGGAUGUCCAUCUGUCUGUACGGCUUUCUUAGGGAAUCUGUAGGUCAGCCUCUCUUCUUGUUGGUGUCAGCUCUGACUCAGCAGAUAUCAAAAGGGCCUGUAGACUCGGUGACAGAGAAAGCUCUUUACACACUUAAUGAAGACUGGCUUCUCUGUCAAGCACAAGACUUUGAGGCCGUGAAACUGAAGGUGCUGUUUGCUGUGGGAACUGGUGGAGAGGUGAGCGAAGUCUUGGAGGUCAACGCGCUGACAUGUGACUCCAUACAUCAGGUCAAGGAGAAAAUCUUACAGACCUUCCAGCGCAAGUUUGGUUUCCAGUACACACAGAACAUCAGAGACAUUGAAAUUGAAUAUGAGAAGGCUGGCAGUUUUAUCAUGCUACAGGAAGUCGAUGACACAUCAGAGGUUCGAGGACAUGUUACCAUGUUAAACACUCUAAAACAUUAUCAGGUGACAGAUGGAGCUUGCAUUAAAGUUCUGACAAAAAGAUUUCACGCGCCGCUGAGAUCUCAGAGCAGUGUGAAAGACGACAAGAACUUCUGUACCAAGUACUUCCAUCUGGAUCCAGAUAUUGACAGAGACCAAAGCAAAAAUCCAGAGAAAAAAGAAGUCAAAUUCAAAGAAGUGUACCUUACAAAGCUACUGUCCACCAAGGUAGCGGUCCAUUCUUUUGUGGAGUCCCUUUUUAGAAGUAUCUGGGGAUUGCCCAACAGCAGAGCUCCACUGGCUGUCAAAUAUUUCUUCGACUUCCUGGAUGCACAAGCAGAGAGAAAAAAGAUCUCGGAUCCAGAUGUUCUUCAUAUCUGGAAGACAAACAGCCUUCCACUACGCUUCUGGGUGAACAUUCUGAAGAACCCUGACUUUGUGUUCAGCGAUAUGGAGAAGACGCCACAUCUGGACAGCUGUCUGUCCGUCAUUGCUCAGGCCUUCAUGGACUCCUUCUCCCUCUCUGAGCAAAACCUGGGCAAGUACUCACCAACCAAUAAGCUGCUCUAUGCGAAAGACAUCCCUCAGUACAAACAGGAAGUGAAGGCGUACUACAAGAUAGUGAAGGAUCAGCCACUUCUCAGUAGCCAAGAGUUCAAACUCUUCCUUCAGGAGGAGUCAAGGAAACAUGAAAACGAGUUCAAUGAAUCUGCUGCCCUGCGUGAACUCUACAAAUACAUGCUCCGCUAUUUCAACGAGAUUUCUCAAAAGCUGGAGCAGACCGAUGCCCCAAGUGGGUUGAAAGAGGACAUGCACAAUGUGAAAGAACUUUUUGACAACAUGAAGAGAAGUGCUUGGAACUGAAGUUCUUUUGAUCUUGCUGUGCUUCUUUUGAUAUGGUUAUACAAACGCCUAAAGACUUUUGCGUUUUAACACUGCAUUUGAAUGAGGGACUGCGCAUUCAUAGUGACGUCAACAAGACAAAAGAAUUUACUUAAUUGAAAUAAUUUUUCUGUCUACCGUAGAUUGUUUAGGGACAAAGUGAAUGUAAUGUAUGCUGAUAUGUCUCAACAUUUGAGUCAUCUACACGAUCAAUUUAAAUACAUGACUUGUUAUCCAAUAAAUGACUGUAAUACUGUACCAUUAAAAACCUUAUUAUGACUUGAGCUGCACAUUUAGCUUAGUAAAGCUUUUCGCUUAUUACCAUUUGGCAAGAAAGCAUUAAUAACUAAUCACUAUCUUUUAUAAUUAUGAUGGCACCUGAACAAGCCACUAUUAUACUAAUAAAAUUUGUGUCAUAUUA